CAAACCGACCUAAUCUUGUCAUCCUGGCCACAGACUGGAUCGUGUUAAUUAGCGUUUAAUUCGUAAUUAUACCCGGCUUUGAUUUGAUCCCCCAUUUGGGACGAAAAAUGAAUCCCUUCCAUCGACUAGCUCGCUUCUUUCGACGGCCGCCGUCUCUACGAAUCCCCCCAACCCCUAACAUUCCUAUCCUAGACCCCUCCACAAAGACUGAAGAGCAGCGAAUGCCCGCGUAUGAACGAGGCCUAUUCUACCCAGUCAAAUACGGAGAGGUGUUUCAUUCCAAGUACCAGGUUCUCAGUAAGUUGGGGUUUGGUACUAAUUCUACGGUGUGGCUUUGUCGGGUUCUUUAUGGUCAUCGCUAUAUCGCACUGAAAGUAUACAUCCGCGGGCCGGAGGCGAAUCAGGAAGUCCGCAUCCUGAGGCAUCUUGCGGCUGUGAAGACAGAUCAUCCUGGUAGAGAUUUAGUUCGUACCAUGAUUGACGAGUUUCAGGUCCCAGGGCCGGGAGGUAGUCAUCAGUGUAUUGUGUAUGAGCCGCUUUUGACCAGUCUUUUGCAUUUGCAAGCGACGUUGAAUCCGAAGAGCCUUCCCGAGGAUCUAUUAAAGGGGGCACUACAGCAAUUGUUACUUGCUCUGGACUUUUUGCACUCCGAGGCACGGGUCAUACAUACUGAUAUCCAGGCCAAGAAUAUCAUUAUCGGCUCAAAGGAUGAUGGAAUUUUCCGUGAGUGGGAUGAGACUGAGCAACGUGAACCUAGUCCGCGAAAGAUAGAUGGGAGUUAUACCGUCUAUAAGAGUCGCUUGUUUCAGCGGAAUAAAGGAUGGAGUGGCUUUGGGAUGCCACUUCUCUCGGACUUUGGCGAGGCCAGGUUAGGCGAUGAUGCACAUGAGGGGCUGGUUCAGCCGGAUCUUUAUCGCGCACCCGAGGUGGUUCUUGGAAUGAGAUGGACGGAAAAGGUUGAUAUCUGGAAUGUUGGAGUCCUGAUUUGGGAUUUGUUCGAGGACCAUCAUUUGUUUGAUAGCAGAGGGCCCGAUGGGCUUCACUCAGAUGCACAUCUUCUCGCUGACAUGGUAGCCGUGUUGGGUCCGCCGCCGGUUAAUUUUCUUCGCAAGUCACCUCAGAGUCAGAUGUAUUGGGACUCGUUAGGACAAUGGAAGUCAGCAGUCCAGAUACCCGAAAAUUCGUUAGAGGACUCGGAGGAGUACCUCGAAGGAGAAAACAAGGAGAUGUUUCUGGUGUUCGUGAGAAAGAUGUUGUGUUGGAAUCCAGAGGAGAGGCAGAGCGCUCGAGAACUUUUGACUGAUCCUUGGUUAACGAGCCCGUAGGGUUAUUCCUUGUCGGUAGUCUGGAGCGAUGACGUAGUCGCUGGGUCUGCCGAUAGAGAAACACAGUCUCGUCUAGGGUGAGGCCUCUGUGCUUGACUUGGCUAUG